AUGCUUGAUAGAGAGCACAUUGUUCCUACUCCGAUUGUAGAAAAUCAUCAACCUCUGGAUGCUUUGAUAGAGGAGUUGGCUCUGCUGAGGGGAGACAGGCUGUGUAAAAGCCUAGAAAGCAUUCUGUGUGUAACUAGGCCUUUUACCCCAGAGCAGAUGUGCAGGGUAGACAGGAUUGUUUCAAGUCUCCACAAUGACCAUAAAGAAGCCUGGUUUUACCAGAGGAUAUUUGAACUGGCUUUAAAGAUGUAUGGCUUUGGAAACGACUGGAGAAACCGGCUUCGAAUUUGCAAACUCCAUGAAAAACACAAGUUUAGAAUUCACAGCAACGUCCACGAGUUUUCGUAUACGGGGAGUAUAACCGAGAUACCUAGGAUAUGUAAAGGGUUCAUGGAAAACAGGAAGACCAUCUACGACAGAGUAAAUGUUCUUGGGUACUGUGUACUCGAGAUCUCUGGGAUGAAUGAUGGGGAGGAGUAUGAGGGGGAGGAUGACAUCUUCUAUCUUAUAGAGUAUGUCUAUAGAAGGGACUUGAAGACACUUCUGAGGUGGGCAAAGAAUGUCCGAGUGAUGAAUGACUGGUCACUGCUGUACCUGGCAAACUAUCCAGAUUUCUUAUACACAGAACUGAAGUAUCUGAGCAACCCGAUGAUAAUUAAGGAAAUCAUAUUACAGCAGAAAUCACACAGGCUUUUUGACUUUCUUUUCAUUAAGAUUUCGAUGUUGUUUCCAAGGGAAGAGAUGGCCAACCUGUUGGCCAAUAGCUACGACAAGUCCGGAGUGGAAUACACAACCCGUAUAUUCUGGAAACUGUUUGAAGAUAAUGAAGAGAAUGGGGAAAAGAUUCUCAAGAAGUUCAUCAGAAACAGAAAAGCAAAGGAGUUUGGAGGCAUGUUUUAUGAAAUGUGUACAAGGAUCGAUGGAGAUUAUGCCGAGGCUAUUGGUGUGUGCAUUGAAAAGGUGCACCUGAUCAAGGAUAAGUGUCUUGAAGACCUUAUGAAUUCUCACUACUGGGCGCACGUCACCCACAGGUACGAGGACUUUUCUGUGCUCACAAGGCUUUUGAUAGAGAGAGGCCUUCUGCCCAAGAAGGAAUUCGACUUUCUUCAGGGCCACAUGGAUGCUACCCUUGAGAAUCUUCGGAAAAUCUUGUUUUUAGUCCAAGAGGCGCCUUCCAGACGAGAGGACGUGAGAAAUGCCGUGAUUGAGAUUAUUAAGAGAAUGUUCAGGAAAAGGAUGAAAUGCGAGAAAUGCAGGGAAAAGAAAAUAGAAAAGACCUUAAAGCUGUGUCCUGUUGGGUCUCUUAUUCAAAAGGGAUCUGAAAGAGGGGAAGAGGACGGGUUACUGGUUAUGUACGAGAUACUGGAGGCUCUUCGAGAUCUAGACAUCCCAAAAAGGACACUCCAGAUGCUUUCUCUAAUGAAUCCCGAUCUUUUCUGCAAGAUUGUUACCAACGAUACUAAAUACGACUGCUUUUUCAUCAAGUGCCUGAAUAUCAUCCUGAAAGAUCUUGAAGGGAGGUUCCGAUGGGUUGUAAGCGACAUUGUAAAAAUGAAAAUAUUUGAUUCCGAUGGUUACUGGGAGCAGAGUGUCAGAAAAUCCUUGAAGCUUGGGAGCUUGUGGAAGGCAAUGGCUUCGCAUGGAGUGUUGUGGGAGAAAGACCAACCCGGGAUUUUGGCCCUGAAGAAGAACGGACUCUAUUCUCUCAAGAACAUUGUAAUCCACUCGGACUCGAGCUUCUUUGCCGAAAAUGAAUGUUCUUCGGAGGUGAUUGAAAAGAAGGGAUGGUCCUUUUUGGAGGACAAGAGGAAUCUUGGAUAUAUGAAAAUGCUUGACGAUAAGACAAAGCUGAGAUAUCUUAUUAAAGAACUAGAAGGGAGAAGAGAUCCCGAAAGCUUAAAAGUGGUGAAGGAGUUACUUGUAUCCUCCUCCCGAGUUACGGAUGGAAUGGUGUUCAAGAAUUCGUCUAUUGUGUUCAAGGUGGCUAAAGUCUUUACAUUGUAUCUCUCUUUUGGGCAAUAUGAAGAGAUAGGUGAGCAGGCGUUUGUUGAACUGGAGGGAGAGAGAGACAACCUGAAGAUUGGACGAACAAAUGGAAAGCUGUUUAUGAAGAAACUGAGGGAGGGAAAGGAAGAACAUGUUCUUUUGGGGGAAGAUGACAAGCCAAAAAUGAAGGAGACUUUCAGCUUCUGGUACAAAUCCUCGAAGCUCUCGUUUUGCCUGAAUGGGAAGAUGUACACCUCCGAAAUUAGGAAUGUGGAUGUAAUAAGAAUAGGAGGAGGGCUUCGAGGAAUAAUAGAAAAGAUAUUUCUGUGCGAGUCGCAUCUUCCUAAAAAGUACACUCUUGGAAGUUCUCGCCAGUCGUCUUUGUAUAUUAGGGAGCUGUCCAAGAUAGAGAAGUUUCUGGCAUAUAAGAACAUAAGUGGAGUAUACAUGGACAGCACUACGCCGUACUUCAUGAACAGGAGACUCGACGUCAAGGUAAACAAUGUGAUAGACAACAAAAAUGUUUAUUGGAUGUGCCAUAGAAAAGUCUUGAGUCUAUUGAAAGAAAGGCUGUAA